UUUGCCCAUUCCUUCGUCUCAUCUCUCUCCUCUGGUCGUCUCAAACCGCCGUCCCUUCGCCUCGCCGCCUCCCCCUUCCCUUCCGUUCUUCCCUCUCAUCGCCUAACCGCCUCCUCGCUCGCCCUCCCUUCCCCUUCCCUCUCUUCUCCGUCGCCUUCCCUUCGACACGCCACCACCACCCUUCCCAUCCUCGCCCAUCGUUCCUCCUGCCAUCUACUCUUCUCUCUUCCUUGGAUCUACCCACCUCUUUCCUCUUGCAAGCCACCCCCCUCUUCCUUUCUUGUCUUCAAAGCCCCCUCCUUCACCAUGAGCACUCCCGUUGAGCCCUCCCCCUCUCCCGCUCGCCUCGACGACGCCGACCACGAUCACGCCGAAACCGACUUCCAGGAUGACCACCCCACCGGCAUCCACCCCGACAGCGCGCAAAACGGCGACGACGCCCACGCCAUCGUCAUCCGCUCUCUCGUCAGUACCAAGGAUGCUGGUGUCAUUAUUGGUAAGGGCGGCAAGAACGUGGCCGAGAUCCGCACUGUGACGGGCGUCAAGGCCGGCGUCUCCAAGGUCGUUCCGGGUGUUCCUGAGCGAAUCCUGACCAUCUCGGGCUCGCUCGAUCAUGUUGCCAAGGCCUACUCCAUGAUUGCCCGCUUCCUGCUGGACAGUCCCCAGAACGGCCAGACCCACCAGCCCGAUCAGACCACCGUCCGCAUCCUGAUCACCACCCAGCUCAUGGGCUCCAUCAUCGGCAAGGGUGGAUCCCGAAUCAGAGACAUCCAGGAGCACUCGGGUGCCAAGAUCGUGGUCUCCAAGGAGAUGCUCCCCCAGUCGACCGAGCGUGUUGUCGAAAUCACCGGCCUCGUCGACUCGAUCCAAAUCGCGGUCUACGAAAUCGGUGAAUCCAUCCUGGGCGACGCCCGCAGCAAGAACACCGGCGCUGUCCCCUACAACCCUCAGUCUCAAGUUAAUGGAACCUUUGCCUCUCCUUUGACCCGUGGCCCCCCCUCUGCUGUCCGCCGCGAGGGCGAGAAGCCUCGCGAGACUCCGGACCGCGCCCCCAGCGGCAGCGUUCGCCGCCAGCCCAGUCGCGGAGAGAACCGCCUCACCGAGAGCACCGGCCCCGAAACCAGCCAGACGCUCUCGAUCCCCGCCGAUAUGGUCGGCUGUGUCAUCGGAAAGGGUGGAUCGUUCAUCACUCAGAUCCGCAUCCUCUCUGGCAGCCGUCUCCGCAUCGCCGACCAAGCCGAGAACUCGAACGAACGUGUCAUCACGAUCACCGGCACCUUCGAGUCUAACCAGAAGGCCCUCAACCUUCUCUACACCCAGCUCGAGGCCGAGAAGAAGCGCCGCCUCGAGCAGGCCCGCUAAAGUCUACCGCUAAAGAAUCAGUCGGACCGAGACCGAUGCGGGAUAUUCCCUAUUUCUUGUACUGGUUUUUUUUGCUUUCCUGCGCUCUGUCUCGACUGCCUUUUUUUUGAUUCCGCUGAUGGUCUUUGUUGCAAAACAUCCGACCUGUCGCACCAUGCUGUAUGUAGGUCAAUCUGCAAUUUCCUGUGAUGUCUCAUUCUAACCAAGCGGCGCAAUAACACUGGUUGAAGCUGUUUGGUCGCAAUAUCACUUCACACGGGCAGACGAGCCGGGCUGUUGCUGUCGAGAC